GCAAUGCAACACACAAACCACAGCCAUCAGAACCCAGCCUCCUUUCUGCUUAUGGGAAUUCCUGGUCUGGAGGCAUCCCACUUUUGGAUUGCAUUUCCCUUCUGUUCCAUGUAUGCCCUGGCAGUGCUUGGCAACACGGCGGUGCUGCUGGUGGUACGUUCGGAUCCUGCACUGCACCAGCCCAUGUACUUAUUCUUAUGCAUGCUGUCUGCCAUUGACCUGGUGCUCUGCUCCUCCACUGUGCCCAAGCUCCUUGCACUGUUCUGGGCAAAUGCUGCAGAGAUUGCUUUUGGGGCCUGUGCUGCCCAGAUGUUCUUUAUCCAUGGUUUCUCAGCUGUAGAAUCUGGUGUCCUGCUAGCAAUGGCCUUUGAUCGCUACUUGGCCAUCUGUCGGCCACUACACUAUGGAUCCUUGCUUCCCCCAGAGUCUGUAGGCAAGCUGGGGGCUGCUGCAGUGCUUCGUGGCUUGGGGCUCAUGACCCCACUCACGUGCUUACUAGCAAGGCUGAGCUACUGUAGCCGAGUGGUGGCCCACUCCUACUGUGAGCACAUGGCUGUAGUAAAGCUGGCUUGUGGGGGCACACAGCCUAACAACAUAUACGGCAUCACUGCUGCCACAUUGGUGGUUGGCACAGACUCCAUAUGCAUUGCCAUCUCCUAUGCACUCAUCCUCCGGGCUGUGUUAGGCCUUUCCUCCAAGGAGGCACGGGCUAAGACCUUUGGCACGUGUGGCUCCCACCUGGGUGUCAUCCUUCUCUUCUAUACACCAGGGCUCUUCUCAUUCUAUACACAGCGUUAUGGCCAGCAUGUGCCCAGACACAUCCACAUCCUCCUGGCUGACCUCUACCUUGUUGUGCCACCCAUGCUCAACCCCAUCAUCUAUGGGAUAAAGACCAAGCAGAUCCGGGAUGGAGCCCUCCGAAUGCUGAAGAAAAGCCCUGCUCAGUCAUAAGGGCUUCAACCACACCCUGAGACCCUGUCCUU